AUGGCUCGAGCAGCUGUCAUCCCGAAGUCGUCGCCCCCUAAACGGGCCACGCGCACCACCGCGAAACGAGCGGCGACUACAUCAACGACGACAACGACCACUAAGACUACCAAGACCGCUACUAAGCCGGCAACACGAACGACGACAAAGGGAAAGGCACCAACGUCGGCUACCGAAGCCAGGAAACGGGGCGUGCGCACCGCAGCGGCGGCGAGUAAACAGGCCGACGAUAGCUCGGACGAUGGAACCGAUGACGAACUUGGAGAUAUUGAUACCAAGCAGAAGAGCUCUACGUCGAGAGCUAAGGCGAAGCCGUCUGCUGCUACCGCUGGUCGCGGUAGACGGACGGCUGCGUCUGCCACGCCGGAGGUUGAGAGUGACGAGGACGAGGAUGAGCUUGCCCAGACUGAAGCGCCGAAAAAGCGCGCGGGGAGGCCAAAGACAAAGCCAGUAGAGGCCACUGAGAAGACCUCGACUGCUCCUAAGACGAGGGGUAGGCCUAAGGGCAGCAGCAAUACCAAGACUAGCACCUCUUCGUCGACUGCUGGGAAAGAAAACACACAGCGGAAGACGCGGACGCAGGCGAGUGUCGAGCCCGAGCCUGAAAUCGAGCAGGCCCCGAAAGAAAUAUAUAUCGCGACAAACUCUACAAGCAUGCGAUCGAACAUCCUGCGUGGGCCAGCCAAAAAGAAGAAGGUCACGUUCCGCGACCCCGAUUCGGACGAAGACAUGAGUGAACCCAUACCUCCCCCGGCUGGACGGAGAAGAGCCGCUACACCUGCGAAGAAGGCUGGGCUCGGAGCCAAGCCUGUUCGCAGCUCUCCUGCUGCCUCCGGUCGGGGCCGUAAACCGGCAGCUGCGAAGAAGGACGCCUCGAAGCCUCUUUCACCGAAGAAGGCAACGCAAGUCGCCAAGUCUAUCUCGUCAUACGUCAGCUCGGAUGGUGAAGACGACGAGCUGAAUGUUAUCAAAAGCCCGGUCAGAAUUACUGUCGACUCUCCCACCAAACACGGAUCAACAAAUACUGGAUUAAGCUCCCCGGUAAAACGAAUCAACUUUGCGCCCACUUCGCCUCACAAAAAGGUCGACGAAAACGGAGAGCCCACCGCCCACUUCCCCAUGCCGAUGGAUUUCAGCGAGUCGCUUUUCAUGUCCAGCCCUGCUCGCCGCCCUACCCCGUCGCCCUUCAAUUUCACGAUGAGGGAAACCCCUAGACGUGGUGGAUUCACCCUUCGGGAGGAUAUGAAGCCUUUGAGUCAGCCAGACCAGACGCCAACUAAGAGCUCGCCCUUAAAAGCAUCUCCUAAAAAGGCCAAAUUGGAGACCCCAAGGCGUGGUAAUCUGGGCUUCCUCGACGAGAGCAAACCGCUCGCCCAGCCGAACUUCACCCCAGGACACAACUCUCCACUCAAAUCUUCGCCUAAGAAGGGUCUUUUCAGUAUUUCGCUUCCCUCACAGCCUGCUCCCCCUGUAUCAUCGACGCCAUUGAAAUCUGCGAGUCUACUACACAGUCCUGCAAAGAAAAUCGCAUCUCCGUUCAAGAGCUCUUUGAUGAGGCGGUCUCCCUUGGUUGAAGAUCAUCCGUCAGAGACUGAAGACCAUGAAGAAAGCUACACACCAACUCAAAGCCCUCCAAAGCCUAUCAACUUUGAUGAUUUGGAAGACGACAUGGAGACGGAGGAUGAUGCCGAGCAGCCCGAUGCUCCUACUUUUGAAGAAGUCGCAGAUGACUUCCCCACUGAGAAUGAAUCGCACAUCGAACAAAAGACAGACAGCUACGCCCACCAAACCGAGGAUCCUGAAACCUCUGACGAUGAGCUUGCAGAGGAGCCUCAAGAAUACACUUCCAAGGACAUGGAUGAUCAUUACGCAGCAGCUGAAGAUGGCGUUCCUGAGGACCCUAUGGAUCCAUUGGAACUUCAGGUGGAAGAGGUUGAUAGCGAGCAACCUAAGGAGCUGGCCGAGAAUGAUUUCGAAGAGGACAAGAACAUCGAUGACGAGGAUGCCCACAACUUGGAAGAACAAAUGCAUGACGCAGAGGAGAACGACGACCCCGUUUCUGUCCUAGACCAUGAUCAAACUGACCGUCGUGCGGAGUCAGAGGAAGUUCAAGAAGAGCCAAUGGAAAACGAGCCCGAGCAAUCUACAAUCAGAGAGGAGCCUGCUUCUGCCCGUCGACACAGCCUUAUUGAAGGACUUGAAGAUGUCUUUGUCGACGCCCCGCUUGCUACCAACAAUAUGAAUGAUGAACCCGAAUCCAUCGGCGGUGAUGACAUGUCAGAAGCUGAUGGCGAGGAGCAUAAUAUGGUUGGGUCCAACAACCAGUACGAUGAAGAAUACUACGACAUUGGCGAUGACUAUGCGUUCGAUGACGACGAGGAGACAAUCGUGGCCUUCGAAAUGACUGGUCAGCAAGAGAUGUUUGAUGCGCCAGCCAUUGCGAAUGAACAACCCCAGGAUAACGCUCCUCAAGAAGUCGAAAUUCAACGCUCACCCAGCCCAGUUGAAUCGACGGGACAGGAAAUGGUUCAAGCGCUAGUCAGUCAUGAGGAUGGAGUGCAGGAAAGCGCUUCUCAUGAAGAUGAAACGGAUUCAAACACAGAUGACAUGUCUGAUUCCGAGCCUGCUGCUGAGGGAAGCAUCCAAGCCAACAAGGAUGCUAGCCCUCAAGUACAAACCCAGUCUGAGCACCAGUCUCCUGCUCCGGCUACUGAAGCCCAUCGUGGUAACCGCCCACGGUUCACGCUACUGGCAGAUCAGCUCAGUGGUUGGAAGGCCAGCAGCCCCGAAAAGCCUCAAGCGAGGCGGUCAAAGAGGAAGGGUGUUUUCUCUCUUGGUGGUGGCCUGAGAAGAUCUAGCGGUGUUUCUCGUACUUCCCGUCUCUCUGGGCAGGUGUCAUAUCCUGAAAUCCCCGCUCAGGAAGACAACGAAGCCCCAGGAUUGUCUGAUCAAGAGCAAAUCCUCGACGCUCAGGAAGUUGCCACUCAUGACGCUACGAUGCACGAGCCUGAAGCAAUCCAAGAGAAUGCCCAGGAGACUCAGCCAUCCAUUGAGCAGCCCAACUUUGAGAUCUUCAGUGACCCGGACCCUGAAGUGAUUCAGACCGAGUCGGCUGAGCAAAAGGAUUCUUACAACGCAGUCCCAGGCUCUUCAAAUGAGGAUCAAGGUUCAGCCAAGCCUGCAUCUCCGGCUCAAGAGGCUUCAUUUGAGGAGGAUGACGACAAGGAGAACGAUGAUAUCCCUCUUCCUGGACCAGUGACUCCGGUGAAGAACAAGAGCAACCAAAUGCAGACAUUCCAUACGGUGUCAAAGGUGCCACUGAAGGGAGAAGGAGAGAUCUCUCCCCUGAAACCAUCUCGCAAACGAGGCUUGUCGUUAUCGGGUACCUCGCCUACUCGGUCCUCUUCCAGAAUCCGCAAGUCUUUGGGUCCCCUAGAGCCGGCUUCCUUGCGCCCACCUCGCAAACUUCCUCGUCUUGAGCAGGACUCAAUCCCUAAGCUGCAACCGAAUAUGUCCCGAAGAAGGAGCUCCAUAGCCCAACAGCCUAGAAGUGACAAGAAACCCUCGCGUCCUUCUAGCCCGACGAAGGGUCCCCGAAAGAGUCUGAAUGCAGCCAGCCUGGUCUUGCGGGGGACCGUCGUUUUUGUUGAUGUUCAUACCACGGAAGGAGAGGAUGCCAGCGGUAUCUUCAUCGAGCUUCUGCAGCAAAUGGGGGCUCGAUGCGUGAAAAACUGGUCCUGGAACCCUCGCGCCAGCGUUUCACCGGACGAGGACCCUCAAACCAAGGAAGCCAGAGUGGGUAUAACCCACGUCGUCUACAAAGAUGGAGGCGUGCGAACUCUCGAGAAGGUCAGACACGCCAGAGGCCUGGUGAAGUGCGUUGGAGUCGGUUGGGUUCUUGACUGCGAGCGAGAAGGCAAAUGGCUCGACGAAGCCCACUACGCAGUUGACAGCUCCAUCAUCCCCCGCGGCGGAGCCAAGCGCAGAAAGAGCAUGGAGCCCCGAGCCCUCAGCAACGUCAACGGCACCCUCGUCACCAGCACCGCCGCGCGGUCCGGCGCAGACGUCGAAGAGUUCAAGCGCCACACCCCCACCCCUCCUCUCGAAGAGCCGUCCACCCCUACCAACACCCGACAGUACGACGCGGACAUCAACGAGCGCUACUUCCAAACCCCCAAGACGCCGGGCUACGGCUUCAACAUCGACGCCAUCGGCAUGUCCCCCGCUACUCCCUACUACCUUUCUCAGCGGAACAAGCUCGUGCAGCAAACCUGCCCUCCGAAACAGCUUCAGCAGGGUCUCUUCUCGAAAGCGGGCCCCUCGGAGGAGCCGUCGCAGAAGCUAAGAACGAAGCUUGAAGCCGCUCGCAGGAAGAGCUUGGCUUAUAAGCCGAGGGUUGGGAGUCCUUUGAUUGAGUGAUCAAUCUAUCAAUCAAGACUAAAUAAAACGAAAAGAAAUAAAUGUACAGUUGGCUUGAGGAUCGGUGUUGAGGUUGCUUGUCUUUUUUAUUUUUCAAGUUUUGGGAUCUCUUUUUGUGAUGUGUUUCUAUGUGUUGGUUUUGUUUUGAUCAGAUACAUACCCCUUUGCAGAAUGAUUUUUUCUUUUCUUCUUCUUCUU